CCUCCCGGGCGCCUUGUCGCCAUGUCCCACGGCAGCUCGUGGGACCCAACGCAUGACUUCUACCCGGACCGCUCCAUCUUUGUGGGCAACGCGACGCACAUCGAGUGUGCGCCCGACGACGACUACUCGGAGCCCGCGAUCGUGCUUGCGGCAGGCUCGGCGAUGGGCGCGCUGCUGCUGUUCCUGAUGUGGCUGAGCUCAGGGCUGGGCGAGGCGUCCACCGGCGAGCGCCCCCUCGCGACCAACCACUUUGGCCAGUUCUUCCUCAUCCCGCCGUUCUUCCUUGCGAUGGGCGCAGUCAUCGGCUGGCGGGUGAUCGACUGCACGCUCGGCUGCUCGUCGUGGGCAGAGUCGGCGCCGUCCAUCUCCUUCUUCACAGCCAACGUCAUGUUCGAGGGGUACGUGCUGCUCUUCAUCAUGCUCGUCCUCAUCGCGUACAUCUUCUUUGAGCGCGUCGACGAGAUGGCGCGCAACCGAGUCAAGCGCGAGGCCGAGUCGGGCACGUCGAGCUACCGGUACUCGUCGCUCUCGGGGGAGUGGCUGAUGCGGAUGGGGUUCGCGCUGACGACCUUCACGGGGAUCAUGCCCUCGCUCGCCGGCAACUGCCACAUGCAGCCCGACCACUACUACGAGUACUGCUACACCGAGGUGAUGUCGUCGGGGCCGCACACGAUUGGCAUCGCGGGCGGGAUCUUCCUCACCUUCUGCGGGUACCAGCUGCGCGCGGCGGGGCCGAUCGCGGCUCACGUGGCGUCGGGGGCGCGCAACUUCUCCUGGCAGAUGGCCUUCCUCACCCUCCUCAUGGCGGAGAUCACCUUUGGGCUCAUGCUGUGCUACUUUAUCACGUGGGGCUACUUUCUCACCCUCGCGGGGCCAAACACGAAGAAGGUCGACACAUGCAUCCUGCACACGACGGAGGACGCGUGCACGGGCGCCGACCUGCCGCAGCUGCAGCAGCAGUGGGCCGACCAGCGGGCGGGCGGGUGGCGCUGCCGCUGGGACCCCAAUGUCGACUUUUACUUGUACCCGUGCACAAAGUUCAACUGCGACGCGGGCGGCCGCGUGACGCAAAACAAGUACUCGGUCAUCUUCGAGUACCUGGGCUUCCUCUACUGGGCGAUCGCGUGCGCGGGCAUGACGCAGGCCAUCGACGUGAUGGACGACACGCCAGCCGAGACGAAGAUGAAGGCCUUCGUCAAAAAGCAGCGCGGGACUGCCGCAAAAAAGCGUGCCGGUAGCAUAACGCCAGCGGCGCGCGGCUACACGGCGUUGUCUUCUUAGUCUAGGUUCGGUCGCCUGACCCCCCUCUCGUGAGUGACUCGGUCCGCCCACGACCGCGCCGCGCCACCGCCUCUUUCCUUCUCGAGAGGGGAGAGGUGCAGCGCCUCGAGGCGGUGUGCACGCCGCCGCUCCCGCCACAGAGGAGCGCGGCCUGCGCGGCGGCGAUGUACAUGCAAUUCAGCAUGAUUGGAGAUCAGAGUUGCGUGUGUUUAGGGAAAGUAUAAGACUCAGAACGUAGCUCAACUUCAACUC